GGAACUGGAGCACAACAUGUUGGAGACCGUGGUCGUUCUCUACUCCUCAGAGUUAACUUUUUAAUCCCGGUUUUGUCGCGUUAUCACACAUAAGAGGAGGCGGAGGAGGUUGGGGAGAGAAAGGGGGCUAAUAAGUCAGUCAUGGUAUUAGGUUAGCGUGAAAGCUGGAGCGUCUUCUUGAAACUAAAGCCCAUUGAUAUUUAACUGUGAAGAGAAGAACAAGAAGAGGUAAAAGGGAAAGGGAAGCCCGGAGAAGCGAGAGAAAAGCGGGGUACAAGAUGCAGCUGACCGCGGUGCUGUGGGGCUCCCUGAUAACUUUGCUGCUCAGUCAGAGUCCAGCCCCUCCUCUGCUGAAUGUUGUGUUGUCUGAAUCAGGAUUCAGAGGAGUUCAGGGCAGCGCUGAGUGUUCAUGUGGGAGGAAUCACUUCACAUGUGCGGUCAGUGCAUUCGGGGAGUGUACCUGCAUCCCGGCCCAGUGGCAGUGUGAUGGAGAUAACGACUGCGGGGACCACAGUGACGAGGACGGCUGCAUGCUUCCCACCUGCUCACCGCUGGACUUCCACUGCGACAACGGCAAAUGUAUCCGUCGCUCCUGGGUGUGUGACGGAGACAAUGACUGCGAGGACGACUCCGACGAACAGGACUGUCCUCCCCGGGAGUGCGAGGAGGAUGAGUUUCACUGCCAAAAUGGCUACUGUAUUCGCAGCCUCUGGCACUGCGACGGUGACAACGAUUGCGGGGACAACAGUGAUGAACAGUGUGACAUGCGUAAAUGUUCGGACAAGGAGUUCCGCUGCACAGAUGGCAGUUGUAUCGCCGAGCACUGGUACUGUGACGGAGACACGGACUGUAAGGACGGAUCAGACGAGGAAAACUGCCCCUCAGAUGUGAUGCCAGCCACCUGCAGCGUGGAGGAGUUCCAGUGUGCAUACGGCCGCUGUAUCCUGGACAUCUACCACUGUGACGGAGAUGAUGACUGUGGAGACUGGUCGGACGAGUCGGACUGCUCUUCCCACCAGCCCUGCAGAUCAGUUGAAUUCAUGUGCAGCAGCGGGAUGUGCAUCAACGCUGGCUGGAGGUGUGAUGGCGAAUUCGACUGUGACGACCAAUCAGACGAGAAGAACUGCACCACGUCCAUGUGCACGGCUGACCAGUUCCGCUGUGGAACUGGACGCUGCGUCCGGUUGUCAUGGAGAUGCGAUGGCGAGGCUGACUGCUCCGACCGCAGUGAUGAAGAGGGCUGUGAGAAAACUGAGAGUCCUCCGUGUGCUCCCGAUCAGUUCCAAUGUGGAAAUGGUCGCUGUAUCGGUCAGAGGAAGGUGUGUAAUGAGGUCAAUGACUGCGGAGACGGGACUGACGAACACCCACACCAUGACUGCCGUCCACGCUCCAGUGAGGGCAACUGUAACCAGAAUAACGGAGGCUGCUCCCAGAAGUGUCAGAUGGUCAGAGGACUGGUCCAGUGCACCUGUCACACUGGAUACCGGUUGAUGGACGACGGCAAAGCCUGCCAGGAUGUGGAUGAAUGUGCUGAAGAAGGCUACUGCAGCCAGGGCUGUACCAACACGGAGGGGGGGUUCCAGUGCUGGUGCGUUCAGGGCUAUGAGCUCCGACCUGACAAACGCAGCUGCAAAGCUCUGGGUCCAGAGCCGGUGCUGCUUUUCGCCAACCGUAUCGACAUCCGCCAGGUUUUGCCGCAUCGCUCCGAGUACACCCUGCUGCUCAACAACCUGGAGAACGCAAUCGCCCUGGACUUCCACCACAGCCUUGAGCUGGUCUUCUGGUCGGACGUAACACUGGACCGCAUCAUGAAGGCCAACCUCAACGGCUCCAAUGUGGAGGAGGUUGUCUCCACUGGUCUGGAGAGCCCAGGUGGACUGGCCAUAGACUGGAUCCAUGACAAGUUGUACUGGACAGACUCGGGGACGUCCCGUAUCGAGGUGGCUAACCUUGACGGGACGCACCGCAAGGUGCUGUUGUGGCAGAACAUGGAGAAGCCCAGAGCCAUCGCAUUGCACCCCAUAGAGGGUAAGAUCUACUGGACAGACUGGGGCAACACACCUCGCAUUGAGUACUCCAACAUGGACGGUUCAAACCGACGGGUCAUCGCAGACACACACCUGUUCUGGCCCAACGGCCUCACCAUUGACUAUGCCGGCCGCCGCAUGUACUGGGUGGACGCCAAGCACCAUGUCAUCGAGAGGGCUGACCUGGAUGGACGCAACCGCAAGGCUGUGAUCAGCCAAGGCCUGCCCCACCCAUUUGCCAUCACAGUGUUUGAGGACAGCCUCUACUGGACUGACUGGCAUACCAAGAGCAUCAACAGUGCCAAUAAAUUCACCGGCAAGAACCAGGAAAUUAUUCGCAACAAGCUGCACUUCCCCAUGGACAUCCACACCCUGCACCCCCAGAGGCAGCCUGCAGGUGGCAGGAACCGCUGUGGCACCAACAACGGAGGCUGCAGCCACCUGUGUCUCCCCAGCAACAAGACGUACACCUGCGCUUGUCCCACCGGCUUCAAGAAGGUGGACCACUACAACUGCGCUGACGGUCUUGACAAGUUCCUGCUUUUUGCCCGAAGGACGGACAUCCGACGAGUCAGCUUCGAUACAGAGGACAUGUCCGAUGAUGUCAUCCCUCUGGCUGACGUGCGAAAUGCCGUGGCGCUGGACUGGGACGCCAAAGACGGCUACAUCUACUGGACGGACGUCACCACCGACUCCAUCAACAGAGCUCUGUGGAACGGCACCAAGCAGGAGGUCAGUGACAUCUACAGUAUGACUGAACUCAACACUGAAAUCCCAUCAUUUCUCAUCUGUCCAGGACUUAACAGAGAGGAGCAGCAGCAGAGGACAGCACGAUUUAACUUUACGCAAUACUGCCAUCUACUGCGGCUGAUGUGGAAGUGCAACAGCAAUUCAUGCUCUGUAGAAGAUAAUGUGGUGGUGGACACCAGUCUAGAGAGUCCAGCAGGUUUGGCAAUUGACUGGGUGACCAACAAGCUCUACUGGACUGAUGCUGGUACAGAUCGUAUCGAAGUUUCUAAUGCUGAUGGGAGCAUGCGGACUGUGCUGAUAUGGGAGAACCUGGACCGGCCCAGGGACAUUGUCGUUGACCCGAUCGGAGGUUUCAUGUACUGGACCGACUGGGGUGCCAACCCAAAGAUCGAACGUGCAGGCAUGGACGCCUCCAGUCGCAUCGUCAUCAUCUCAUCCAAUCUGACGUGGCCAAACGGGCUCGCCAUUGACUACGAGACCAAACGCCUGUACUGGGCAGACGCUGGCAUGAAGACUAUUGAAUUUGGCAACUUUGAUGGUUCUGACCGACAGGUUUUGAUUGGCAGUCAGCUGCCUCACCCCUUUGGCCUGACUGUACACGAGGACAAGCUGUACUGGACAGACUGGCAGUCCAAGAGCAUCCAGAGUGCUGACAAGCUCACCGGCUUGGGACGACACACACUGGCCGAAAACCUGGAGAACCUCAUGGACAUUCACAUGUUCCACCGCUUACGAGAGACAGUGCGUAACCCGUGUGCGGUGAAUAAUGGUGGCUGCAGCCACCUCUGUCUCCUGGCUCCUGCUCCCAAAGCCUCAAGCUGUGCCUGUCCCACCGGGAUCAACCUGCAGACGGAUGGAAAGACCUGCACGCCCGGGAUGAGCAGCUUCCUGAUCUUUGCACGGAGGACGGACAUCAGGAUGGUUUCUUUGGAUAUCCCCUAUUUUGCUGAUGUGGUUCUGGCCGUCAAUAGCUCCAUGAAAAACACCAUCGCCAUCGGGGUUGACCCCAAAGAAGGAAAAGUCUAUUGGUCUGACAGUACACUGAAGAAAAUCAGCAGAGCUAACAUCAACGGAAAAGCACAUGAAGACAUCGUAUCUACAGGGUUGAUGACAACUGACGGUCUGGCAGUGGAUGCUGUUGGCAGAAAGAUCUACUGGACGGACACGGGAACCAACCGCAUUGAGGUUGCCAACCUCGACGGCUCCAUGAGGAAAGUUCUCGUCUGGCAAAACUUGGACAGCCCUCGAGCCAUCGCCCUCUACCAUGAGAUGGGUUAUAUAUACUGGACAGACUGGGGAGAGCACGCUAAACUGGAGCGCUCCGCGAUGGAUGGAUCAGACCGUGUGGUCCUCAUUAGUAACAACCUGGGCUGGCCCAAUGGCCUGGCCAUCGACAUGGCCGGCUCACAGUUACUGUGGGCCGACGCUCACACUGAGCGUAUUGAGUCAUCUGACCUGAACGGGCAGAAUCGUCGCACCCUGGUGACUCCAGUCCAGCACCCGUACGGUUUAACCCUAAUGGGGUCCCACAUCUACUGGACCGACUGGCAGAGCCGCAGCAUCCAGCGAGCUGACAAGAACACUGGGACCAACACCAUCACGGUGCGAGCCAACCUGCCAGGCCUGAUGGACAUCCAGGCUGUGGACAGGGAGAGACCACUGGGUUUUAAUAAGUGUGGCAGGAGGAAUGGGGGCUGCACCCACCUGUGCUUGCCUCGUCCCAACGGUACGUCCUGCGCCUGUCCCACCGGCAUCCUGCUCAAGGGAGACGGCAGGUCAUGUGAUGACUCCCCAGAGACGUACCUGCUCUUCUCCAACCGCGUCAGCGUGCGCAGAAUCUCCCUGGACACCAACGACCACACCGACGUGCACGUACCGGUGCCCGAGCUGCACAACGUCAUCUCACUGGACUACGAUAGCGUGGAUGGAAAACUUUACUACACCGAUGUCACCCUGGAUGUUAUAAGGCGUGCAAAUCUAGAUGGCAGUGGCAUGGAGACAGUGAUCAGCCAGGGCCUGAAGACCACAGAUGGGCUGGCUGUAGACUGGGUGGCCAGGAAUAUGUACUGGACCGACACCGGGCGCAACACCAUCGAGGUGGCCCGUCUGGAUGGAACGAGCCGCAAAGUUCUGGUCAACAACAGUUUGGAUGAACCCCGAGCCAUUGCAGUGUUCCCAAGCAAAGGGUUCCUGUUCUGGACUGACUGGGGUCACAUUGCAAAGAUUGAACGAUCUCACCUGGACGGCUCGGACCGAAAGGUUCUGAUCAACACCGACUUGGGCUGGCCCAACGGUCUCACGCUAGACUACGACACACGAAGGAUCUUCUGGGUGGACGCCCACUUGGACAGAAUCGAGAGUUCAGACCUCAACGGGAAACUGCGUCAGGUCCUCGUCAGUCCGGUGACCCACCCGUUCGCCCUCACACAGUUGAAGCCGGUGUCCUCCCCUCUAACUCCUUUCUCCCGACUCUCGCAGCAAGACCGCUGGAUCUACUGGACAGACUGGCAGACUAAGUCCAUCCAGCGGGUGGACAAACACACCGGCCGUAACAAGGAAACUGUGCUGGCCAACGUGGAGGGCCUCAUGGACAUUAUAGUGGUAUCACCUCACAGACAGACAGGUACCAACCUCUGUGGGGUGAAUAAUGGCGGCUGCACUCACCUUUGCUUCGCCAAGACCAACAGUUUUGUGUGCGCCUGUCCUGAUGAACCAGAUGGCCGACCCUGCUCAACCAUUUCAGGUUACAUCCCCACCUCUCCUGCCAGAGGAACCAGCAGCACUCCUGUUCCCAACAAGAUCCCCAAAGCGCCAACAGACACUCCACACAGAGGACCCUCACUGGUCAACUGUACUGACAAGAACCUAAACGAAGAAGGCUGCUUGAGCAACGUGGUGACGGCUCCUCAUGGAGAGGGACUUCAUAUCAGCUAUGUGAUUGGUGGAGUUCUGACCAUCCUGGCUAUUCUGAUCUUCAUUGCUGCUUUGAUUAUUUACAGACAUAAAAAGUCUAAGUUUGCUGACCCAGGAGUGAGCAACCUGACCUACAGUAACCCCUCGUACCGGACGUCCACACAAGAGGUCAAGAUCGAGGCGUCGCAGAAGCCUCCGAUAUACAACCAGCUUCGAUAUAAGAAAGAGGGGGGAGUGGACGGAGGCUACACGAAGGAGAAGAUCCGCAUCGUGGAGGGUGUGUGUCUCCUGUCCAAUGAGGAGCUUUACUGGGAUGACCUAAAACAGAUCAAGCCUUCCCGAGGCGGCCUGCACACCUGCAUGCGUACAGACACCGUGUCCCUGCAGGCCAGCAGUGCCUCGCUAGAUGAUGGCGAGACAGAGCAGCUCCUCCAGGAGGAGGCGUCCGAAUGCUCCUCCAUAACCACCUUGACCCCUUCAGCCAUCACCCCGCAGCGUCACGCCCAGCACAGCCUGCCCGACACCGGCUGGGCCUCCACACGCAAGCCCUCCACCGAGAGCGAAGUGUGAGGGAGGCCCCCCUGCCCUCCGUGCUUUAUCUCAACCUCCAUUACCUAAUACACUCAUACACACACCUGUAUUUAUAGCUGGUACAAAUAAACAGAGUAACAGUUGCAUACGUAGAGUAACGGUACAUAUGAACCUGGUUAGACACAACUAAGCUCCCAUAAACACAACUCCUGUCUCUGAAACUGGGGCUCCGUCCUACUUGUGCGCGCACACACACACACACACACGUGUAGUACAGUCCUCCAACAGUACCCUCAGUGCUACUGCCUUUAGGCAAAAUGAUAAACUAAUGAGCAUGCUGGAAUAAGAAAGUAAAGGACUCUGGGGAGGAAGUGAACAGAGAGACACAAGCGUUAUCUGAAACCUUUUUAAAGUAUGCAGACUCUCAAUGCGACAAACGCUUCUCUGUGUACAACUUCACCUUUAUUUUCUGUGAACUUUUUUUGGGGGGACGAAGCUAAAACUACGACAUACUCCCUGGACAAUGUAACCAUGAUGCUCUCUCUAAUGCCACUCAUGUCUUUAUGAACUCUAUUUAUGAACGUUUUUGUACUUGUGGAGUGGGUUUGCUGACUUUCAGAGAAUGUCGAGAGUGUUGUGUUAAAAGUUCGUGCAGCAAGACCCGGGUAUUCAAGAGUUGUAUUUAUGACCGUGCCAAAGGGUGGGGCUUCACAGAGUCUCCAUGCUUCUUUCUGCAUUUACACUUCGAUAGAAAUCUAAUUCUUAAUUGUGGGAUGUUUGUUUUGUUUGACUUUACUGACUUGCCCUCACCGGUGGGAGACCUCAGUGAUGACACCAUCUGCUUCUGAUUCUUUAUUUUACAGCCUCCAACAGGUCAAGCAAGGACUUACUGUAGCUGGUACUCUCAGUUGGUUGCAGAAGUCCAUUCGUCUACUGCAAAAGUAACCUGAAAGGAGCCUUUUUUUUUUCUUUUUUUUUUUUUAAGUUGUAAUUCAACCAUGCUGAUCCUCCGGCAUUGCAGAGGAAGCCACGAUGAAGUAACAGCCUAAGUGCCAAACAUUUCACUCUUUUUCCUCCUUCAGCUGUAUAUUUAUUUUUUCAGAGAUUUUAAAAUGUUCGUGACAUUCGUUUAACUUGGGUUUGGUCACCCAAAUUACAGAAAAGACAUUUUCUCAGAUAUGUACCACUAGGGCUGUUCAGCCAUGCAGAUAGUUGUGGUUUUAUUUAGCCAGGUGUUAUAUAUGUCUUUGGGAUUCCUUCUGCCCCAAAACACUGGUGUUUUUUUUGGAACUACUUUCUCAAUGCAAUCUCUCAUUGAGAGUUUCUUUCAUUGGUCUUCAAAAAAUGUUCCUUGGGUUAACUAUCCAGAUAUAUGAUUAUCUAUGACAGCACUUACUAUUAGAAUUUGAAGCUCUCUGAUUUUAACAAAUUUAACAACAGUUCAUUUUUUUUGCGCUAAAAAACAAACAAAAAACAGCUCCCUUGAAUUUUUUCAGGAGGGAGUGUGUCUAUUUUACAUUGUCAUCACCAAUGUUCCCCCAUCCAUGCUAUCCACCCACAUUCUCUACUAAGGUCAUCUCUCCAACUUUUUAGCUGUCUAAAAAAAUGUAAACACCAUCCGGCCCUCCCUGUCCAUUCUCUACCUCGCCACUUUGACCUACAGUGGUGGCUUGUAUGAAAUUGUGUUUGUUUUUUUUAAACGCUGCUACAAACAGAAAUAUUAGAUAAACAAUGAUAUUACAUCGUUUUUGAAAAACAUUACCAUCCCUCUUUUAACAGAUUGACUAAACUCAACAAGAUAAUGUUGAGAAAGGUUAUGUUGUAGGGUUAGAUUUUAAGAUAUUUGUGUCACUACAAAUGUCAAUGUGAUUUUGAAAUAGAUUUUCUUACUUCUGGAACAUAAUCACAAAAAAAUCCAGUUUCACUUUGCCUCUCUAUUGUAUUGGGGAAGCUGCAGAGGCAAAUAUAUCAAAACUUGGCACAUACAACCAAAAGUAUCUGCGUGGCCAAACACUAGUAGGGAUCAAUGAGAACAUUUGUUUUUCAUAAUUUAAGUUUUGAUCUAUCAACUCUAAAUUUGUAAUGUAAAGGUGUACUCGCAGUAUCUGCCACAGUACAGUAUAACAAAUGGGUAACUUAGGAACACUGUGCGUGUCUGACCCCAUCAGACAGUGAGGGUUUAUAGUUUAGAAAUAUAUCACUGACAACUUACUGAAAAAUGAAUUCAAUACAAGUAAAGAUAUUAUGCAUUGCUUUAACUUUAGAGUACCAUUCUGUCUGUUAUUGAAAUAUGGUACAAGGAAAUACUAUAUUGCUAUAUUGACAACUAUAUCGGUUAGACUUUACAGAACCAUGUAUUUUGAAGUAUCUGCUACAAGCUCAGCAACUUGCUGAUUUGCUGCUAGACGAAGCACUGAGGCCAAUGAAAGAGGGUCUUGGCAGCUACAUAACUCCGGUCUCUGACAGUUAGUUUACAGUAGGCCUACAGAGCAUCACAGCGACCCAGUAACCAAUCAUCACGGCUCACAGUCCCUCCAACUCUGCUGCAGGAAUGCUAAAACUGUACAGAUUUUAUCAUGUGGAUAUAAGCAUUUAAACAUUUCUGUUGAAGAUAUUGCGUUGAUUAAGUUGUAUAGUCUUUUGUACAAAGGGAUUUCAUGACUGUUUUUAGACUUGUAUUAAUUUUACUCACUGGAGAAGAACAUUUUUUUUUUGUUUGUUUUUGCUGGAUUAUUUUAACCACUGUGUUUCCAAGCCUUGUAAAUGAUAGGGGAGAUGCCAGUUAUUUAAUAGUGCUCUUUUAUCUUAUGAAAUACUGGUCGCGUAUAGCUGUUGUAAAGUUAACAAAAAGAGGUAUUUAUGAUUUCUGUUUGGUCGUCACUUGAUGUGUAAAUAUGAAAAGACUGUAUAUGUAUUUCCAUGGCAGUACUAACAAGCUGUGUUGUGUGAUAUAGUUAAUUAUCCCUUUGCUAUCUUUUAAUAUAAAAUUGCAUUUGCAUUUCAAUGAAA